AUGUUAAACAAGAUUGUUGUCAAUGCGUACAAUCUAUGGGUGGUGGUCUUCGUUGCCAUUGGCACGAUUGCCAGUGCCUAUGGUCUAGCCAUCAUUGGAUCAACCGUCGGGCAACCAAAUUUCUAUACCUACUUCAAUCUACCAGCAGAAGGCCAGCCUGGAUAUGCUCAUACUACGAAUAUGAUUGGCGCCUUGAACGGAAUCAACUCCGCAGGUGCAAUCGCCGGAUGUCUUUUUCAGGCGUGGACGGCAGACUACUACGGCCGCAAGGUCACCAUACAAAUUGGCUGUGUAGUUCUGACUGUUGGUGGUACAUUAUGCGCAGGAGCAGUCAAUAUGGCCAUGCUUCUUGUUGGCCGAUUCAUCGCUGGUGUUGGUGCUGCCAUUCUCGCGUGCAUCGUUCCUAUUUACCAAGCUGAGGUUUCCACCGCUGAGACCCGAGGCGCAAUGGUCGCAGUGACGGGGAUUAUGUAUGCUGUCGGAUAUACUUUAGCGGGGUGGCUUGGGUUUGCAUGCUACUAUAUGAAAGCAACUAGCCCUGCCGCGUCGUUUUCUUGGAGAUUUCCAUUGGCAUUCCAAGUGAUAUUUCCUCUGAUUGUUCUUGCCGGAAGUUCGCUGAUCCCAUUUUCGCCACGGUGGCUACUGCAGCAAGGUAGAACAGAAGAAGCCUACGAAACCAUGAAGAGGCUUCACAGUGCGCCAGAUGAUGUUCACCACGCCAAAGCCAAGCAGGAAUUUCAUCUCAUUGCGAGACAGUUCGAGCACGACAGAUCUAUGACUAUCCGACGAUUCGAACUUUUCCGCACUCCUGCCAAUCGGCGACGCGCUUUGAUUGCUUUUAUACUCAUGUGGGGUGAUCAAUUCCUCGGUGUGUUUGUCAUGACAAACUAUGGUGUUCUUAUUUAUGCCAGCCUUGGUCUCGGUGGCUCAGUGCCUCUUCUUCUAAAUGCUUGUUGGACGAGCUUUACUCUCAUUGGAAACACAUGGACGGCAUUUUAUGUGGACCGAGUUGGUCGACGAACUUGCAUGCUCAUCGGUUCCAUUGGUUGUACUGUGUCUGUGAUAUGUCUUUGCGCCCUGACAGCCCGGUAUCUGGGGACAGAUAAUAUUGCAGGUCUCCGGGGAGCAGUGUUUUUCGUGUUUUUCUUCAUAUUUUGGUGGUGCUUUUUCAUCGAUGCGACGCAGUACAUCUAUGUUGCGGAGAUAUUCCCAAAUCAUCUACGUUCGCAGGGUGUCGCACUUGGACUUAGCAGCUUUUAUCUAGCCUCCGAGGUCACAUUGGUUGCUGCCCCCGUCGCUCUCAACAGUAUUGGCUGGAAGUUUUACCUUGUGCUUAUCAUUCCAUCUAUUUGCUUUGUCUUGGCAAUCUACUUUCUGUUCCCAGAAACGAAAGGCCGAACUUUGGAGGAAAUAGCUGGUCUAUUUGGCGAUGAGGCCAAUGUUGCCUCUCAGUGGUAUAAUGUUACCCAGGAAGAACGGGAAAGAAUAACACAGGAAGCUUUCCACAAGAAUGAAGGUGAAUCUUCAGGGAACAGGGAACAAGUUUGUGACAUCAAGCCAGCUGUAGUUCAUGAUGAGGGAUGUUGA